GUUAACUGUCACUGUCUGUCUCAUAACGUAGCCAGAGACACCAGACCCACAUUCUCCUUUAGUACGCCACCACACAGGCAGUAGCUUGGAGUGAGAGCAGAGAGGUGGGAGAGAGACAGCAGGGCUGGCUGAGGAGCAACCAGGGAGAAAAGAGAGGCAUUUACACAUCUCUCUCAAGGAGUGAUCAGUAAUACUUUGAGAGGAUGGCAGAAGGAGAUGGAGAGGAGGAGAUUCAGUUCUUGCGUACGGAUGACCAGGUUGUGCUACAAUGCACAGCCUCCAUUCUGAAAGAGCAGAUCAAACUGUGUCUGUCAUGCGAAGGCUUUGGGAACCGCCUCUGCUUCCUGGAGACCACCUCUAAUGCUCAGAAUGUGCCACCUGAUUUGGCGAUCUGCUGCUUCAUCCUGGAGCAGUCCCUGUCGGUACGAGCCUUACAGGAGAUGCUGGCCAACACCACGGAUCUCAAUGAGGCAGUCGAUUUGGACAAAUGGUCAUCUCAAGGAGGGGGCCACCGUACCCUGCUGUAUGGCCACGCUAUCCUUCUGAAACACACUCACUCCAGCAUGUACCUCAGCUGUUUGACUACCUCAAGGUCACUCACAGACAAACUGGCCUUUGAUGUGGGCUUACAGGAAGAUUCCACAGGGGAGGCAUGCUGGUGGACCAUUCAUCCUGCGUCAAAGCAGAGAUCAGAGGGAGAGAAGGUUAGGGUGGGAGAUGACCUCAUCCUGGUCAGUGUGUCCUCUGAGAGAUACCUGCAUCUCUCCUAUGCCAGUGGUGACCUCAUGGUGGACGCCUCCUUCAUGCAGACCCUGUGGACCAUGAACCCUGUGAUGUCUGGCUGUGAACUUGCGGAAGGCUUUCUGACUGGAGGCUAUGUUCUUAGACUGUUCCAUGGUCACAUGGACGAGUGCUUGGCUAUCCCUGCUGCCGAGCAAGGAGACAACCAGCGCAGAAUUGCUCAUUAUGAAGGGGGUGCUGUCUGUAGCCAUGCCCGGUCACUAUGGAGACUAGAACCCCUCCGGAUUGGAUGGAGUGGAGGUCACAUGAAAUGGGGCCAGUCGUUCCGAGUGCGUCAUAUAACCACAGGUCGCUACCUCUGCCUGGAUGAAGAGAAAGGACUGAUGGUGGUGGACUCUGAAAAAGCCAAUGCCAAGAUGUCAGCCUUCUGCUUCAGAAUCUCCAAGGAAAAGGUGGAGGUGGUUAAGAAGCGAGAUGUGGAGGGCAUGGGCACGCCAGAGAUCAAGUAUGGGGAGUCCAUGUGUUUUGUACAGCACAUCUCCACUGGCCUCUGGCUUACAUACGCCUCUGUCGAUGCCAAGUCCGCUCGCCUGGGACCUCUUAAGAGGAAGGCCAUCCUUCAUAAGGAGGGCCACAUGGACGAUGCCCUGACCAUGGCCCGCUCCCAGACAGAGGAGUUCCAGGCUGCUCGUAUGAUCUACAACACAGCAGGCCUCUUCACCCAGUUCAUCAAAGCGCUGGACUCUCUGAGUGGGAAGAACAAGUCAUCUUCAGGCCCCCCGUCUCUGCCCAUGGACUCAGUGGCCCUCUCCUUGCAGGACCUCAUCUUCUACUUCCAGCCCCCAGAGGAGGAGCUGGAGCACGAGGAGAAACAGACCAAACUACGCUCCCUUAAGAACAGACAGAACCUCUUCCAAGAGGAGGGCAUGAUCACCCUGGUGCUGGACUGUAUUGACCGACUCAAUGUCUACAACACGGCGGCCCACUUCUCCGAGUUUGCAGGAGAGGAGGCUGCCGAGUCUUGGAAGGAGAUAGUUAAUCUCCUCUAUGAGCUGCUGGCCUCACUGAUCAGGGGGAACCGGGCAAACUGUGCACUGUUCUGUGAUAAUCUGGAUUGGCUGGUCAGCAAACUGGACCGUCUGGAGGCCUCCUCAGGCAUCCUGGAGGUGCUAUACUGUGUUCUGAUUGAGAGUCCAGAGGUUUUGAACAUUAUCCAGGAGAACCACAUUAAAUCUAUCAUUUCUCUACUGGAUAAGCAUGGACGCAAUCACAAGGUGUUGGAUGUGCUCUGCUCUUUGUGUGUGUGUAAUGGGGUGGCUGUAAGGUCCAAUCAGAAUCUCAUCACAGAGAAUCUGCUUCCGGGUCGCGAUCUCCUCCUGCAGUCCAACAUCAUCAAUUAUGUCACCAGUGUGAGGCCCAACAUCUUCCUAGGAACGUGUGGAGGAUCAACUCAGUAUAAGAAGUGGUAUUUUGAGGUGAUGGUGGACCAUGUAGAGCCCUUCCUGACCGCCCAGGUCUUCCACCUGCGUGUGGGCUGGGCUCUGACUGAUGGCUACAGCCCCUACCCUGGAGGUGGUGAGGGCUGGGGUGGUAACGGGGUGGGGGACGACCUCUACUCAUACGCCUUUGAUGGACUCCACCUGUGGUCAGGACGAGUCCCACGUCAUGUCGCCACCCCCAACAUGCACAUUCUAGCCGCAGACGAUGUGGUCAGCUGCUGCCUUGAUCUGAGUGUGCCCAGUAUUUCGUUCCGUAUCAACGGGCACCCGGUGCAGGGCAUGUUUGAGAACUUCAACCUAGAUGGCCUAUUCUUCCCUGUCGUCAGCUUCUCUGCAGGCGUCAAGGUUCGUUUUCUCCUGGGAGGGCGUCAUGGAGACUUUAAAUUCCUCCCACCCCCAGGCUAUGCUCCAUGCUAUGAGGCUGUGCUGCCCAAGGAUCAACUGCAUAUUGAGCCCAUCAAGGAGUAUAAGCAUGAUGUCAAUGGUGUCCGCAAUCUGUUGGGGCCUACACAGUCCCUCUCGCACACAGCCUUCACCCCUUGCCCUGUGGACACAGCACAGAUUGUGCUUCCACCUCACUUGGAGCGCAUUCGGGAGAAGCUGGCAGAAAACAGCCAUGAGCUAUGGGCUGUCACUCGCAUUGAACAAGGAUGGACCUAUGGGUCGUUCCGAGAUGACAACAAGAAACUGCACCCCUGCCUGGUAGAUUUCCAGAGCCUGCCAGAGCCAGAGAAGAAUUACAACCUUGCCAUGUCAGUAGAAACACUCAAGACUCUACUGGCGCUGGGCUGCCAUGUGGGCAUGGGAGAUGAGAAAGCAGAGGAGAACCUGAAGAACAUCAAGAUGCCCAAGACGUAUAUGAUGAGUAGUGGAUACAAGCCGGCCCCUCUGGACCUCAACCAUGUCAAGCUGACACCCAACCAGACCAACCUAGUGGAGAGACUGGCAGAGAAUGGGCACAACGUGUGGGCUCGUGACAGGGUUCACCAGGGAUGGACCUACAGCAUUGUACAGGACAUAACGAACAAGCGCAACCCGCGCCUGGUGCCAUACAACCUGCUGGACGAAAAGACCAAGAAGACCAACAGAGACAGUGUCUGUGCAGCUGUCCGCACUCUCAUCGGCUACGGUUACAACAUUGAGCCACCUGACCAAGAGAGCAGUGGUCAUGGGGAAGGUCAUUCCCGUGAAGAUAAGAUCCGGGUGUUCCGAGCUGAGAAGUCAUACGCGGUGACCCAGGGGAAGUGGUACUUUGAGUUUGAUGCUGUGACUGUGGGGGAGAUGAGAGUGGGUUGGGCCAGACCCAGUGUCCGCGCUGACAAAGAGCUGGGAACAGACGAGCUCGCCUAUGUAUUCAAUGGUUUCAAGGCUCAACGUUGGCAUGUGGGCAAUGAGCCGUUUGGUCGUAUCUGGUUGCCAGGUGACGUGGUGGGCUGUAUGAUUGACCUGGUAGAGCAGAACAUCUUCUUCACCCUGAACGGAGAGAUGCUCAUCAGUGACUCUGGCUCUGAGAUGGCCUUCAAGGACAUUGACAUAGGAGAUGGUUUUAUCCCUGUGUGUAGUCUGGGCCUGUCUCAGGUUGGCCGGCUCAACCUGGGCCAGAAUGUCAGCAGCCUGCGCUACUUCACCAUCUGUGGCCUUCAGGAGGGCUUUGAACCCUUCGCCAUCAACAUGAAGAGAGACAUUACCAUGUGGUUCAGCAAGAGCCUGCCCCAGUUCAUUCCUGUUCCUACAGAACACCCUCACGUUGAUGUGUCCCGUGUGGAUGGGACGGUGGACAACGCUCCCUGUCUGAAACUGACCCACAAGACCUUCGGUUCUCAGAAUGCCAACACCGAUCUGCUGUUCCUGAGGCUCAGUAUGCCCGUGGAGUUCCACGAGACCUUUAAAAUCAUGGCUGGGACCACCCCCCUGACACGAACCCUGACCAUCCCCGAGGACCAGGUCCUGGAGGUGGACCCCGACUCUGACUUUGAGGUGCUGAAGAAGUCUGCUAGGCGCACAGAGAAGGAGGAGGAGAAGGAGCCCUCUGUGCCUAAGGAGAUCUCCGUCAAUGGAGGAGAGAACGUGAAAGAUGCCUCUACAGAGAAGAGCAAGAAGAAGGGGUUCCUGUUCAAGGCCAAGAAGGCAGCUUUCACUCCGCCCCCUGUUGUUCCCACCAUGCCCCGCCUGAUGGAGGAAGUGGUCCCAGACGACAGAGAUGACGAUGACAUCAUCCUCAACACCACCACAUACUAUUAUUCAGUGCGAGUUAUUGCGGGACAAGAGCCCAGUGGGGUGUGGGUAGGCUGGAUCACCCCUGACUACCAUCAGUACGACCUGCACUUUGACCUCAGCAAAGUAAGAAAUGUCACAGUCACCGUGGGAGAUGACAAAGGCAACAUACAUGACAGUAUGAAGCGCAGUAACUGCUACAUGGUGUGGGGAGGGGAGUUCAGCAGCUCCCAGCAGACCCGUGUCAGUCAGGAGGACUUUGUGAUUGGCUGCCUUAUUGACCUGGACACAGGACUCAUGACUUUCACAGCCAAUGGAAAAGAGAUCAACACCUUCUACCAGGUGGAGCCCAACACUAAACUGUUCCCAGCUGUCUUUGUCCUGCCCUCCAGUCAGAACAUGCUGCAAGUGGACCUGGGGAAGCUGAAGAACAUCAUGCCUAUUUCAGCAGCCAUGUUCCGCAGUGAGCGUAAGAACCCGGUCCCUCAGUGUCCUCCCAGGCUGGAUGUCCAGAUGCUGACCCCAGUCAUCUGGAGCCGUAUGCCCAACCACUUCCUGUCCCCAGAGACGGGCCGUGUGAACGACAGGCACGGUUGGAUGGUGGAGUGUAGAGAGCCUCUCACCAUGAUGGCCCUGCACAUCCCUGAGGAGAACAGAUGUAUUGACGUCCUGGAGUUGUCGGAGCGUAUGGACCUGCUGAAGUUCCACUACCACACUCUGAAACUGUACGGCUCGGUCUGUGCUCUGGGGAACAACCGCGUGGCUCACGCCCUGUGCAGCCAUGUUGAUGAGUCCCAGCUAUUCUACGCCAUAGAGAACACCUACCUGCCUGGACCGAUGAGGAGCGGCUACUACGAUCUGCUCAUCAGCAUGCACCUGGAGUCGGCCAAGAGGAACCGCCUCAUGACCAAUAAGGAGUUCAUUGUGCCCAUGACUGAAGAGACGCGCAGCAUCAACCUCAACUCAGACACUGACAAAUCCCAUGCUUUACCAGGGGUGGGCCUCACUACCUGUCUGCGCCCCAAACUCCACUUCUCCCCCACUGGGUUUGUAGGGACAGACCUGGAUAUCUACACCCUCAGCCCCUUCAUCCCCCUACAUGUGCUGAAGGCGAAGGCCCUGACCAUGCUGACCGAAGCUGUCCAGGAUGGUGGUCAAGCCAUGAGGGAUCCUGUAGGAGGCAGUGUUGAGUUCCACUUUGUCCCCAUCCUCAAGCUUAUCAGCACCCUGCUCAUCAUGGGUGUGUUUGAGAAUGCAGAUGUCAAGCACAUCCUGAAGAUGAUUGAGCCCACAGUGUUCAGUGGAGAGGCAGAGGAUGCUGCCCAGGGAGAGGGGGACCAAACACUGGCCCUCAAAGAACGGGGAUUGGAGGUGAAGGAAGAAGAGAAGGGAGCAGUAGAGAGCGGACAUGAAACAGAAAUGGAGGAUGAGGGGAUGGGUGAGGAAGAUGAGGAAAUGGAGGCAGAGCUGGAGGAGUUGGAGCCUAUAGAAAAAGAGGAAGACGGAGAGAAAGUGGAUGGAGAGAAAGGUGCUGAGGAGACGGAGAAGGAGGUGAAGCCUGGAGAGGCAGGAGAACAAGUAGGUCUGGAAGAGGGAUUACUGCACAUGAAGCUGCCAGAGUCUGUCAAGCUACAGAUGUGCACUCUGCUGCAGUAUUUCUGUGACUGUGAGUUGCGCCACAGGGUGGAGGCAAUCAUAGCCUUCUCAGACGAGUUUGUGAGCCAGGUGCAGGCCAACCAGAGAGCCCGCUACAAUGAGCUCAUGCUGGCGUACACCAUGAGCGCUGCUGAGACCGCUCGCAAGACCCGCGAGUUCCGCUCCCCACCACAGGAGCAGGUCAACAUGCUGAUGAACUUGAAGAACAUUGCGGAGGAUGAGGAUUGUCCUGUGCCUGACGAGGUCCGCGAUGGCCUGCAGGCUUUUCACAAGAACCUGCUGUUUCACUGCAGUGUACAUAUCGAAGAGGAAGAGGUAGAGGAGGAGUUGGAUAUGUCUCUCAAAGGACGACUCCUCCGAAUGCUGGACAAGUGGAGGCACCUCCGUAAGAAGAAGGUAGAGGAGGAGGAACCUGAGGAGGAGACCAAACCCAGCACCCUCCAGGAGCUGAUCUCCCACACCAUGGUCCACUGGGCCCAGGAGUCAUUCAUCCAGAACCCUGAGCUGGUGCGUCUGAUGUUCAGCCUGCUGCACCGUCAGUAUGACGGGCUGGGGGAGCUGAUCCGGGCCCUGCCCAAAGCCUACACCAUCAAUGCCAUCUCCAUAAAGGAUACCAUGGACCUGCUGGAGUGCCUGGGACAGAUCCGCACGCUGCUCAUCGUCCAGAUGGGCCCCGAGGAGGAGAGGCUCAUGAUCCAGAGCAUCGGGAACAUCAUGAGCAACAAAGUGUUUUAUCAGCACCCCAACCUGAUGCGAGCGCUGGGCAUGCACGAGACUGUCAUGGAGGUGAUGGUCAACGUGCUGGGUGGUGGCGACUCCAAGGAGAUCAGAUUCCCUCUUAUGGUCACCAACUGCUGUCGUUUCCUGUGCUACUUCUGUCGUAUCAGUCGUCAGAACCAACGCUCCAUGUUCGAUCACCUCAGCUACCUGCUUCAGAACAGUGGCAUCGGCCUUGGAAUGCGUGGCUCCACCCCUCUAGACGUAGCUGCAGCAUCCUGUAUUGAUAACAAUGAGCUGGCUCUGGCUCUACAGGAACAAGACCUGGAGAAGGUGGUGAAGUACCUUGCAGGCUGUGGGCUUCAGAGCUGUCCCCAGCUCCUGGCUAAGGGUUACCCUGACAUUGGCUGGAACCCUUGUGGCGGAGAGAAAUACUUGGACUUCCUCCGCUUCGCUGUCUUUGUCAACGGAGAGAGCGUAGAGGAGAAUGCCAAUGUGGUGGUGCGUCUUCUGAUCCGUCGGCCAGAGUGUUUUGGCCCGGCUCUGAGAGGAGAGGGUGGGAACGGCCUGCUGGCUGCUAUAGAGGAGGCCAUCAAGAUCUCUGAGGAUCCUGCCAGGGACGGCCCCACUGUCAAGAAAGACAGGCGCUUCCCCGGCAUGUUCCCUGGUGGAGAAGGGCAGCAUGAGGAGAACAAGGUGCAUCUUGGGAAUGCCAUCAUGUCCUUCUACUCAGCUCUCAUUGACUUGCUGGGACGCUGCGCUCCAGAGAUGCAUUUAAUCCAGGCUGGGAAGGGUGAGGCUCUGAGGAUCAGGGCCAUCCUGAGGUCCCUGGUGCCCAUAGAGGACCUGGUGGGAGUCAUCAGCCUGUCUGUCCAAAUCCCAGACUUUGGAAAGGAUAACAGCAUCAUUGAACCCAAGAUGUCUUCCAGUUUUGUGCCGGACCACAAGGCUCCCAUGGUGCUGUUCCUUGACAGAGUGUAUGGUAUUGACAACCAGGACUUCCUGCUCCAUGUGCUGGAGGUGGGCUUCCUGCCUGACAUGAGGGCAGCUGCUUCUCUGGACACAGCGGCUUUCUGCACCACAGAGAUGGCCCUGGCUCUGAACCGCUACCUCUCUCUGGCCGUGCUGCCCCUCAUCACCAAGUGUGCCUUCCUGUUUGCCGGCACAGACCACCGGGCCAUCAUGAUCGACUCAAUGCUGCACACCAUCUACCGUCUGUCCCGCGGACGAGCCUUCACUAAGGCCCAGAGAGAUGUUAUUGAGGAGUGUCUCAUGGCUUUGUGCAAAAAUCUACGGCCAUCCAUGUUACAACACCUGUUGAGAAGGCUGGUGUUUGAUGUACCAAUUCUCAAUGAAUAUGCCAAAAUGCCACUUAAGCUUUUGACCAAUCACUAUGAGCGUUGUUGGAAGUACUAUUGCCUGCCCAACGGCUGGGGCAACUUUGGAGUGUCAUCAGAGGAGGAGCUGCAUCUCACCCGCAAACUCUUCUGGGGCAUCUUUGAGUCCCUGGCCCACAAGAAAUUUGAUGCUGAGCUGUUCAAAAUUGCCAUGCCGUGCAUAUGUGCCAUUGCUGGUGCCAUUCCUCCAGAUUAUGUAGAUGCCAGCUACUCCUCCAAGACUGAGAAGAAAGCCUCGGUGGAUGCAGAGGGAAACUUUGAUCCCAAACCAGUGGAGACCACAAAUACUAUCAUCCCUGAGAGAUUGGAUGGUUUCAUCAACAAAUAUGCUGAAUACACACAUGACAAGUGGGCUUUUGAAAAGAUUCAGAAUAACUGGACGUAUGGAGAGAUGUUGGAUGAAGAUUCUAAAACUCACCCCAUGCUCCGACCGUACAAAACAUUCUCAGAGAAGGACAAAGAGAUCUACCGUUGGCCCAUCAAAGAGUCCAUGAAGGCUAUAAUUGCGUGGGAGUGGACUCUGGAUCAAACGAGGGAAGGAGAGGAAGCCAAGACUGAGCAAAAGAAGGCGGCUCGGAAAAUCUCUCAGACUGCACAGGCAACGUACGACCCCAGCCAAGGCUACAGUCCCCAACCGAUUGAAAUCUCCCACAUGGCACUGUCAAGAGAGCUGCAGUCCAUGGCAGAACAGCUUGCAGAGAACUAUCACAAUACCUGGGGUCGCAAGAAGAAGAUGGAGCUGCAGUCCAAAGGAGGAGGCUCCCACCCUUUGCUUGUACCCUACGACACCCUGACAGCAAAGGAAAAGGCACGAGACAGGGAAAAGGCUCACGAGCUUCUUAAAUUCCUUCAACUCAAUGGAUUUGCAGUCACCAGGGGGAUGAAAGACAUGGAGUCAGACAUCUCAUCUAUCGAGAAGCGCUUUGCUUAUGGUUUCCUGCAGAAGUUGUUAAAGUGGAUGGAGAUCGCCCAGGAGUUCAUAGCUCAUCUUGAGGCUGUGGUGAGCAGUGGCAGAGUGGAGAAGUCGCCUCAUGAGCAGGAGAUCAAAUUCUUUGCAAAGAUCCUGUUGCCCCUGAUCAAUCAGUACUUUAAAAACCACUGUCUGUACUUCCUGUCCACACCGGCCAAAGUCCUGGGUAGUGGAGGACAUUCCUCUAACAAGGAGAAAGAGAUGAUUGCCAGCAUCUUCUGUAAAAUGGCUGCUCUGGUGAGACACAGAGUUUCUCUCUUUGGAAAUGACGCCCCUGCUAUUGUCAACUGUCUUCACAUCCUGGCACGAUCUCUCGACGCAAGGACGGUGAUGAAGUCUGGGCCUGAAAUCGUGAAGGCAGGGCUCAGGUCAUUCUUUGAGGGUGCAGCUGAUGAUAUAGAGAAGAUGGUGGAGAACCUCAAACUGGGAAAGGUGUCUAAAGGCAACCAGCAGGUGAAAGGCGUGUCCCAGAACAUCAACUACACCACCAUUGCUCUGCUCCCAGUCCUCACCUCCCUGUUCGACCACAUCUCUCAGCACCAGUUUGGAGAUGAUGUCAUUUUGGAUGAUCUCCAGAUGUCGUGUUACCGCAUCAUGUGCGCCAUCUACUCGUUGGGUACUGUCAAGAACCCUCAUGUGGAGAGGCAGAGGCCAGCCCUGGGGGAGUGUCUGGCCCAUCUGGCGGCUGCUAUGCCUGUGGCCUACCUGGAGCCCCAUCUCAAUGAGUACAACUCCUUCUCUGUUUACACCACCAAGACCCCCAGAGAAAGAGGCAUCCUGGGUCUGCCCAAUGAGGUCCAGGAGUUAUGCCAGGACAUACCAGAGCUAGACGUUCUAUUGAAAGAGAUCGGGGACUUGGCAGAGUCAGGUGCCCGUUACACAGAGAUGCCCCAUGUAAUCGAGAUAACUCUGCCCAUGCUGUGUAACUACCUGCCCCGCUGGUGGGAAAGAGGAGUAGAGAACUUCCCUGAGCUGGAGGGCCAGAUCUGCACCGACGUCACCUCUGAGCAGCUCAACCAGCUGCUGGGCAGCAUCAUGAAGAUUGUCGUCAACAACCUGGGAAUUGACGAGGCCUCCUGGAUGAAGAGGCUGGCUGUCUUCUCCCAGCCUAUUGUGAGCAGGGCCAAGCCAGAGAUGCUCAAGUCCCAUUUCAUCCCCACCAUGGAGAAGCUGAAGAAGAGGACAGGGAAGGUGGUGGCAGAGGAGGACCACCUCCGUAUGGAGGGGAAGGCCGAGGGGGACGAGGAGGAGGGCACCAUCAGGGAGGAGUUUGCUGUGCUCUGCAGGGACCUGUACGCCCUCUACCCUCUCCUCAUCCGCUAUGUGGACAAUAACAGGGCAAGGUGGUUGACAUGCCCAGACCCAGAUGCAGAGGAGCUCUUCAGAAUGGUUGGAGAGGUCUUCAUAUUCUGGUCCAAAUCUCAUAACUUCAAGCGAGAGGAGCAGAACUUUGUGGUGAUGAAUGAGAUUAAUAACAUGUCUUUCCUCACUGCUGACAGCAAGAGCAAGAUGAGCACGGGCAACGACUCAGAGGCUGGUGGCUCAGAUGUGGAGCGUACCAAGAAGAAAAGACGAGGAGAUCGUUAUUCAGUGCAGACGUCACUUAUUGUGGCUGCCCUGAAAAAGAUGCUCCCCAUCGGCCUCAACAUGUGCUCCCCUGCUGAUCAGGAGCUUAUCAACCUGGCCAAGAUACGAUACUCUUUGAGGGACACGGAUGAGGAAGUAAGGGAGUUUUUGCAAAACAACCUGCAUCUUCAAGGCAAGGUGGAGAACCCGUCCAUGCGCUGGCAGAUGUCCCUGUAUAAGGAGAUGGCAGGGAAGGCUGAGAAUGCUGACGCUCCAGAGAAGGUGGUGAAGAGGGUGCAGGAGGUGUCAGCUGUUCUCUAUUACAUUGAGGUGACGGAGCACCCCUUCAAAUCCAAAAAGAUGGUGUGGCACAAACUGCUGUCCAAGCAGAGACGCAAGGCUGUGGUAGCCUGCUUUAGGAUGACUCCACUCUACAACCUACCCAGGCAUAGAGCUUCCAAUUUGUUCCUGGAAGGAUACAAACGCAACUGGAUCCAUACUGAGGGCUACUCCUUUGAGGACAGAAUGAUAGACGACUUGUCUAAAGCCAUGGAGCAGGAAGGAGAGGAAGAGGAAGAGACGGAGACCAAGCCAGAUCCCCUUCACCAACUCAUUUUGCAUUUCAGCCGUACCGCUCUCACAGAAAAGAGUAAACUUGAUACAGAUUACCUAUAUAUGGCAUACGCUGAUAUUAUGGCAAAGAGCUGCCACAUUGGUGAGGAGGACGAAGGGGGAGAGGAGGUGGAGGAAGGGGCUGAGGAUGAGAUGUCCUUUGAGAUGCGACAGACAGAACUGGAAAAAGAGAUGGAGAAACAGAGACUUCUGUACCAGCAGUCCCGUCUCCAUAACCGUGGGGCGGCUGAGAUGGUGCUGCAGAUGAUCAGUGCUUGCAAAGGUGAGACUGGCUGUAUGGUGUCCUCCACCCUUAAACUGGGCAUCUCCAUCCUAAACGGUGGUAACGUUGAGGUUCAACAGAAAAUGCUUGAGUACCUGAAGGACAAGAAGGAUGUUGGCUUCUUUUUGAGUGUCCAGGCUCUAAUGCAGACAUGCAGUGUCCUGGACCUGAAUGCCUUUGAGAGACAGAACAAGGCAGAGGGUCUGGGCAUGUUGUCGGAGGAGGGAACAAGUGAAAAAGUCAUGUCAGAUGAUGAGUUUACAUGUGAUCUGUUCCGCAUGUUGCAGCUGCUCUGUGAGGGCCACAAUGACGAUUUCCAGAACUACUUGCGGACACAGACAGGCAGCACCACCACUAUCAACAUCAUCAUCUGCACUGUGGAUUACCUCCUCCGACUGCAGGAGUCAAUCAGUGAUUUCUACUGGUAUUACUCUGGGAAAGAGAUCAUCGAUGAGCCAGGCAAGAAGAACUUCUCCAAGGCCAUGACAGUGGCUAAACAGAUCUUUAACAGUCUGACUGAGUACAUCCAGGGUCCGUGUACAGGCAACCAGCAGUCCCUGACCCACAGCAGGCUGUGGGAUGCAGUAGUAGGCUUCCUCCACGUCUUUGCCCACUUAAUGAUGAAGCUGGCACAGGGUAAAGACUCCAGCCAGAUUGGCCUGCUGAAGGAGCUACUGGACCUCCAGAAAGACAUGGUGGUUAUGUUGCUCUCUCUACUAGAGGGUAAUGUGGUGAACGGCACCAUUGCCCGUCAGAUGGUGGACAUGCUGGUGGAAUCCUCCAGCAACGUAGAGAUGAUCCUCAAGUUCUUUGACAUGUUCCUCAAACUGAAGGACAUUGUGGCGUCAGACGCCUUCCGUGAUUACGUGACUGACCCCCGAGGGUUAAUCUCUAAGAAAGACUUUCAGAAGGCCAUGGACAGCCAGAAACAGUAUUCUCCCUCCGAGAUCCAAUUCCUGUUGUCCUGCUCAGAGGCUGAUGAGAACGACAUGAUAAACUUUGAGGAGUUUGCCGACCGCUUCCAGGAGCCAGCUAAAGACAUUGGCUUUAACAUUGCAGUGUUGCUAACCAACCUGUCUGAACAUGUGCCUCAUGACCUCAGGCUGAAGAACUUCCUAGAGCAGGCAGAGAGUGUACUCAACUACUUCCGCCCCUUCCUGGGCCGUAUAGAGAUCAUGGGUGCCAGCAGGAAGAUAGAGCGUAUUUACUUUGAGAUCAGCGAGGUAAACCGCACACAGUGGGAGAUGCCUCAGGUCAGAGAGUCCAAACGACAGUUCAUCUUUGAUGUGGUUAAUGAGGGGGGCGAGUCGGAGAAGAUGGAGAUGUUUGUCAACUUCUGCGAGGACACUAUCUUUGAGAUGAACAUCGCCUCCCAGAUCUCGGAACAGGAGGAGGAGGAGAAGGAGGAGGAUGAUGAUGAUCCAGCUGAAGGAGGAACUGAUGCAGGAGGAGGAGGUGGAGAUGAAGAAGGCAAUGGAGAGGAAGGAGAGCCAGAGUCCAUCUCUGCCUUUGCAGACUUCAUCAACAGCUUAUUGAACUUCCUGAGUAUCUUCACAUUCCGUAACCUGCGACGGCAGUACCGCAGGGUAAGGAAGAUGACCAUCAAGCAGAUAGUGGUGGGUCUGGCUACCUUCUUCUGGACUAUCCUCAUCGGCAUCCUGCACUUCAUCUACAGUGUAUGUAAGGGCUUCUUCCUGCUCAUCUGGCAAACUCUAUUUGGCGGAGGCCUGGUGGAGGGAGCAAAGAACAUCACGGUGACAGAGAUCCUGGCCAGUAUGCCUGACCCCACCCAGGAUGAGGUGCAUGGGGACCUGCCAGAGGAGCCUGAGGUUGGGAAGGAGCAGGAGGCAGAAGGGGUGACUGACCAAAUAGACACAGGCGGUGGAGAGGAGGAGGAGGAGGAGGACAAAAAAGACAAGGAAGGUGGGGGGACCCCACGCAUCGAUGCUCCUGGUGGACUUGGUGACAUGGGAAUUGAGGCCACUGUUGAGCCUCCUACUCCCGAGGGAACUCCUUUGACCAAGAGGAAACCGCAACCAGAGGAGGGUGCUGCUGCAGCAGCUGAUGGCCAAGCUGUUGAUGGCCAAGCAGCUGAUGGCCUAGCUGCUGAACUGGCUCCUGCCAUAAAGGAGCCCCCUCCAGAGCCUGAGAAGGCAGACACUGAAAGUGGAGAGAAGGCCGAGAAAGAAGCUGAGAACAAAGAGGAGAAGCAGGAGGAAGCGAUAGAAAAGAAACCCAAGUCUAAGAAAGAUAAGAAGCAACACAGGGAGCAAGGGUUCCAACUCUGGACUGAGCUGGACAUCCAAAGAAACAAAUUCUUGAACUACCUCUCUCGGAACUUUUACAAUCUGCGUUUUCUGGCACUGUUCAUUGCAUUUGCCCUGAACUUUAUUCUACUCUUCUACAAGGUGUCGGACAGCCCCCCUGGAGAAGGUGAUGAGGUGGAGGGCUCUGGCAUGUUUGAGGGCUCAGGGUUGGGAGUGCUGUUUGAGGGAAGUGGGCUGUUUGAGGGCUCAGCGGAGGAGAUGGAGGGAUCUGGUGGGGAGGAAGGAGGAGACGAGGAAGAGGAGGGGGGCCCAGUCUACUUCUUCUUGGAGGAGAGCACUGGCUACAUGCAGCCCACCCUCACCUUCCUGGCUACCCUGCACACCGUCAUCGCCUUCCUCUGCAUCAUCGGUUACAACUGUCUAAAGAUCCCUCUUGUGAUCUUUAAAAGAGAAAAGGAGUUGGCCAGGAAACUGGAGUUUGAUGGUCUUUACAUCACAGAGCAGCCUGAGGAUGAUGACAUCAAAGGCCAAUGGGACAGACUGGUACUCAACACACUCUCUUUCCCAAGCAACUACUGGGACAAGUUUGUUAAGCGAAAGGUCCUGGAUAAGUAUGGAGAUAUUUACGGCAGAGAGAGGAUUGCAGAGCUCCUAGGCAUGGAUUUAGCCUCGUUGGAUGUCAGUCAACAAACUGAUAAGAAGCUGGAGGAACCCGACAAUUCUACGUUGGCCUGGUUUACGUCUAUUGACUUCAAGUACCAGAUCUGGAAAUUUGGAGUUGUGUUCACAGACGGGACUUUUCUCUAUCUGUGUUGGUACACGAUCAUGUCCUUUCUUGGACAUUACAACAACUUCUUCUAUGCCUGUCACUUGCUGGACAUAGCCAUCGGUGUGAAGGAUCUGCGUACUAUCCUGUCCUCUGUCACCCACAAUGGGAAACAACUCAUGAUGACAUUGGGCUUGUUGGCAGUGGUGGUGUAUCUCUACACUGUAGUGGCCUUUAUCUUUUUCCGCAAGUUUUACAACAAGAGUGAAGAUGAGGAUGAGCCGGAUAUGAAAUGUGACGACAUGAUGACUUGCUACCUCUUCCAUAUGUACGUGGGCGUGCGUGCUGGCGGUGGCAUAGGGGACGAGAUCGAGGACCCGGCAGGAGACGUGUACGAGCUCUACCGGGUCGUCUUUGACAUCACCUUCUUCUUCUUUGUCAUUGUCAUCCUGUUGGCCAUCAUCCAGGGUCUGAUCAUUGAUGCCUUCGGAGAGCUCAGAGACCAACAGGAGCAGGUUAAGGAAGACAUGGAGACCAAGUGCUUCAUCUGUGGAAUUGGAAGCGACUACUUUGAUACGACGCCGCACGGCUUCGAGACCCACACCCUGGAGGAACACAACUUGGCCAACUACAUGUUCUUCUUAAUGUACCUCAUCAACAAAGAUGAGACGGAGCACACUGGCCAGGAGUCGUAUGUGUGGAAGAUGUACCAGGAGCGAGCGUGGGACUUCUUCCCUGCUGGCGACUGUUUCAGAAAGCAAUAUGAGGAUCAGCUUGCAUAACCAUACUGUAACGUACUACUACAAUUAGUAAGUUUAAUAACAUACUGUAACGUACUACUCCAAUUAGUAGGUUUAAUAACAUACUGUAACGUACUACUACAAUUAGUAAGUUUAAUAACAUACUGUAACGUACUACUCCAAUUAGUAGGUUUAAUAACAUACUGUAACGUACUACUACAAUUAGUAAGUUUAAUAACAUACGGUAAUGUACUGUUACGAUUGGUAGGUUUAAUAACAUACUGUAACGUACUACUACAAUUAGUAGGUUUAAUAACAUACUGUAACGUACUACUACAAUUAGUAGGUUUAAUUACAUACUGUAACGUACUACUACAAUUAGUAGAUUUAAUAACAUACUGUAACGUACUACUACAAUUAGUAGAUUUAAUAACCAUACUGUAACGUACUACUACAAUUAGUAGAUUUAAUAACCAUACUGUAACGUACUACUACAAUUAGUAGAUUUAAUAACAUACUGUAACGUACUACUACAAUUAGUAGAUUUAAUUACCAUACUGUAACGUACUACUACAAUUAGUAGAUUUAAUAACCAUACUGUAACGUACUACUACAAUUAGUAGGUUUAAUAACCAUACUGUAACGUACUACUACAAUUAGUAAGGUUAAUAACAUACUGUAACGUACUACUCCAAUUAGUAGGUUUAAUAACAUACUAAACCAGACUGAAAUAGCUGUACUAUACUGUAACCAUACUAAACCAGACUGAAAUAGCUGUACAAUACUGUAACCAUACUAAACCAGACUGAAAUAGCUGUACUAUACUGUAACCAUACUAAACCAGACUGAAAUAGCUGUACUAUACUGUAACCAUACUAAACCAGACUGAAAUAGCUGUACUAUACUGUAACCAUACUAAACCAGACUGAAAUAGCUGUACAAUACCGUAACCAUACUAAACCAGACUGAAAUAGCUGUACUAUACCGUAACCAUACUAAACCAGACUGAAAUAGCUGUACUAUACUGUAACCAUACUAAACCAGACUGAAAUAGCUGUACUAUACUGUAACCAUACUAAACCAGACUGAAAUAGCUGUACUACACUGUAACCAUACUAAACCAGACUGAAAUAGCUGUACUAUACUGUAACCAUACUAAACCAGACUGAAAUAGCUGUACUAUACUGUAACCAUACUAAACCAGACUGAAAUAGCUGUACUAUACUGUAACCAUACUAAACCAGACUGAAAUAGCUGUACUAUACUGUAACCAUACUAAACCAGACUGAAAUAGCUGUACUGUACUGUAACCAUACUAAACCAGACUGAAAUAGCUGUACUAUGCUGUAACCAUACUAAACCAGAUUGAAAUAGCUGUACUAUACUGUACGGACCAGGGUGAAGGCACAUUUAUAGUGCUAGACCAAAAGAGGGCUUUUGUCCCUCUCGUUCGAAUAGACCAAACACAUGCAAACUAAAUGACUGCAUUUAGAAUAUGUGUUUGUUACCAUGUCAAUUCUUGAAAUGUGUGAAUGAAUGUGGGAAAUACUCCCUAUUGCCAGCACACACAAAUAUGCACAAUAAUGAAGUGCAUAUGUAGCAAUAACAAUUACAUAUUUCAAUCAAUGUCAUCUCUCACACACAGUGCACAUUGUUUGUCUGUGUUUGUAGACAAUACGAAUGUACAUUUCUGUCAAAUUUCAGUGCCUAAAUCGUUUGAACAAACUUUAUUAGUUGCAUUGUUGUACUACUUUGUACUAUAAGCCCAACUAGAGUAUAGUGGCUGGUACUUUUAUAAAAAAUGUAAAACAGAAAUACCUCAUUGACAUAAGUAUUAAGUAACUAUUUAAGUAACAAGGACUAAAUACAAGUACCACAUUUGUGACAGUUGCUUAUUUUCUCUCUCUCUCUCUCUCUCUGAGUGAUCGUUUGGAGUGACUACGUGGGAGAUAGUCACAGAUUACAUUGAUUUUUCCUUUAAAACAAUGCACUCUGAGACUAAUGACACAACAAUCUCUUUGAUAAUAUUUGACUAUUCCGCUUGAAUUUCCAUCCCACUGGAACAGCUCUAUAACCACUCAUACAGUACAUUGAAUGUGUUGACUGCCGUACUUCUUUAAAUGCUCUUCAACUGCUACUUUUCAACUGACAACAUUUGUGUUGCAUACACUACAGCUUGUCCUGAAACCUUAAUAAUAAUGUUGAUUAUUCUUAUUUUUCUCAAUAGAACUAAUUAUGGUUACUGUGCUGUUAACGUAGUAACUAGGGUUUGUGUAUUUUUUCGUUUUUAGUUUAUUCAAUGUUUUUUGAAUGCUGACUCUAGUCUGUGAACACUAUGAAUGCAUUAUUGUAUCCAAUACAUUGUUUAGUUUAAGAGAACUCACAACUUUGUGUUCUUAAAACAAAGAAUGGUUUAUUAAUGAGUUUGUUCAUUGGUUUAUUAAAUAAAGGUAUUGAUGCACUUGCA